CAUGACUGUGGCUUCUGCGGUGGGCGGCACGCCAGUAUCUACUGCCAGCGGGCCAAAGCCCUUAGGGGAAAAGGGGGAUACCAAGGCCCGGGAGGGGCAAAGGGCCCAGCAGCCACGGCUGGAAAAGGGCCCCAGCCCAAUUAAAAUCCCGGUGCUCCGGAGGCUGCUGCGUGACUACCCCAACAGGGAGCGCGCACGCUAUAUUGAGGACGGUUUUGUGAAGGGGUUUAGGAUUCCGUGCCAAUCCAGGCGGGUCCAUAGUUUUGCACGCAACCUAAAAUCGGUUAGGGGGAUGGAACACAUAGUAGCGAAAAAGAUAGCCAAGGAGGUGUCUCUGGGGAAGGUGCUGGGCCCCUUUGACAGGCUGCCACUGCCAACAUUGCGGGUAUCCCCUUUGGGCGUGGUCCCUAAGAAGGCACCGGGAGAGUAUAGGCUUAUCCACCACCUGUCCUACCCAAGGGGCGACUCGGUUAACGAUGGGAUACCGGCGGACCUUUGCUCAGUACGGUAUACAUCGUUUGAUGAGGCUGUGGCCAUGAUCAGGGGCUGUGGGCCUCGGGCACUGAUGGCGAAGUGCGACAUUGAAUCCGCCUUCCGCCUCCUGCCCAUGCACCCUGAUGACUUUGACCUUUUGGGCUUCGCAUUUAAAGGGGGAUUUUACAUCGACAGAGCCCUCCCCAUGGGAUGCUCGGUCUCCUGUGCGGCCUUUGAGGCUUUCAGCUCUAUGCUGGAAUGGGCACUGCGCCGGAGGGCGGGGCUACGUUCCUCCGCUCACUAUUUAGAUGACUUUAUUUUCGGAGGAAGGGAGGGCUCUGGCCAAUGCCUACACUUACUGCGCUCAUUCAGGGCACUCUGCGGGGAUCUGGGGGUGCCACUGGCUAAGGACAAGACAGAGGGCCCGACCACGAAGCUUACAUUUCUGGGGAUAGAGCUGGACAAGGUGGGACAGCUCUCACGCCUCCCCGGGGACAAGCUCGGCAUCAUGAGGGAAUUGCUCAGGGAAUGCAGAGAGGCUAGGAAGGUAACGCUACGCAAAUUGCAAUCGCUGGUUGGCCACCUGAACUUCGCUUGCAGGGUGGUGGCUCCAGGCCGCCCCUUUCUAAGGCACCUGUGUGACGCCAUGGUGGGGUGUAAUCGACCCCAUUUCCUCAUUAGGGUGUCUACCGCCAUGAGGGAGGAUAUGGGGCUCUGGCUCAGGUUCCUGGAGUCCUUUAAUGGGGUGUCAUUCUGGCGUUCUUCCCAGCUGCUCGAGGCCGACUUCCAGGUUCAGUCAGACGCCGCGGGCGGCCUUGGGUUCGGCCUGUACCUGAGAGGGCGCUGGUGCGCGGAACGAUGGCCGGGCAGCUGGUCGGAACGGGGAAUCACAAGGGAUCUCACCUUCCUCGAACUCUUCCCCAUUGUGGUGGCGGUGCACAUUUGGGCCGAGUCCUUCAAGGACUCGGUCGUGCGUUUCUGGUGCGAUAAUUUGGCUGUGGUUCAGAUUAUUAAUAGCCAGACUUCCAAAUCACAGAGGGUGAUGGGGCUGGUGCGGGCCCUGGUUCUAACAUGCCUUCGCCAUAACAUGCUCUUCACCGCCCAGCAUGUUCCAGGGGUGCAGAACGAGGUGGCAGAUGCCCUGUCUCGCUUCCAGAUGCAGCGCUUCCGGAAGCUGGCACCUGGAGCCGCCAAGGAGCCCGAGCAGGGCCUCAGUCGGCUGGGCCGAGGGCGGCCGGGCAGCGCGCAAGAGUCCUCAUACUGGGCCAUUCCUUCAUUUUCUGGGCACGCAAGUGGGCGCAGAGCGCCGACCCUGGAACCCAGCUUGGUUUGUGGCGUUGGGCCACUGUGGAGUGGCUUGGCCGGCGGGGCAUGCGGAGGGCCCAGUUCCUGCCGAUGCUGCACGAGUUCCUGGAAGGGAAUCCUGUCCCGGAUGUCCUGCUGCUGCAUUUUGGAGGCAACGACCUGGUGGACCAGUCUGGCAUUUCGCUCUCAAGACAGAUUGCCCAGGACCUGGUGGUCGCCCUCUCCUGGUGCCCGGGGCUGGUGGUCAUCUGGUCUGACAUCACUCAGCGGCGAGUCUGGAGGGGGGCGGUGAAGCAGAACAAGGUAGAUAGGGCUAGGCGCGGGGUGAACGCGGCCAUGGCACGCUUCAUCGCCUCAAAGGGGGGUGGGUGCAUCCCACACAACGACAUCGCGUUCUCGCUCCCCCAGUUAUUCAGCGGUGAUGGGGUGCACUUGUCCCCCCUUGGUAUGAGGUAUUUCUUAGACGAUCUGCGGCUGGGGUUGGCAACAGUGCUGUUAGGCCUGUGGGGUGGCGGGGCGUCAAGCUAGGCUGACGCCCGCUGUGGCGGGCACAGUGCGGAGGUGAGCGGCUGAUGCGGUGCGGCACCUUAGGUAAGCUUUAGCUGUAAGGUGGAGGGGCAGAUCCCUUGAGGCUUUACAGAUCAGGGAUGCUGCCUUGCUCCCACCUCCCUGCAACCGACACCCUUCCGUAUGGCUUUACAGCGUCGGACAGGUGAUGUAAAUUGCAGGGUCCUGACCUUAGGUCGGCAACGAAGGGCGCCCCCUUCUGGAAGGUGGGCCGCCUGGAGCCGAGGUGUCUGUGCCAUGAGAUUCUAGGGCGGGGGUGGCCACGUGGUGCCCCCCCCCAUCCGAGCCCGCACUGUUGCUGCUCUGAAUGCCAACCCCAGCUGCCGUGCCUGUGCAGGCACUGUCUUAAAACCUUGUACCCCUAAUAAAGUGACCAGUUCCUCCAUAAUACUUCUGUGUCCGUGUCUCCUUGGGUCUGGGUGCAAGACAGAGGAAACCUGCCGGGUUUUUUUUGCAAGGUUUUGCAAAGUUUGCCUGGUUUCUCUGUGCUGGUCAGGAUAGUGGGUGCAAGAGAGCCUAAGCUACACACAGAGGAGCACCAGCUCCAUUUGUUGUCAUUCCAGGCAGGGCAAGACAGGGCAUUUUGAUGUUGCACAGUAUCUCAUUGCAAACAUAGACCCACCAUUUAAGGGUUUACAGCACACUUGUCUGACUCAAUCGUUAUAGAAUAAAGUUACAAUAUUAUGCAAAAUGAGGAUUGUAAAGUUCCCCCCAAUCAGGGGCAUACAACAUAACCAAUUACCCGAUUAUAUUAAAGGUCAAACAUCAGACUAUACUGAGAGUAUGCACCAAUCACCAUUUGCCAGCAGUACUUAACUCUCUCUCCAGUCUACAUGUUGUCCCACCUCCUUCAAUUCCCUCAAAACAGCCCUUUGAUACACUAUGCUACCAUAGCAACCAUUCGGCAAAAUAAGAUGCUUGCAAAUUGGAUCUUAAUUUAUUUUAUUUGAUUUUAUUCUUGUAACUAAAUUUAUUGUUACAAAUAAAUUUAAAUUUAUUGUUCAGGAGCUAUUUUGUUUGGUCAUUGACUGUAGAUAAACUAAACUAAAACUAAACAGUCCAGGUUUCAAUUUGCUUGCAAAGUUGCUGAGCUAUCUUGCAAAGUGUUUGUCUUGGUCUAGUCAGCUAAGUUCUUGGUUUAUUUCAUACAGCCAAUAAUUUCAUUUUAACGAAAUCACAAUUACUGUGGCUAACAUCAAGGCAAAGAUUCCAACUUUCUGGCAGAGCUAUGUAUACUCACAAGUACUCGGCCCAAGGAUAGGCCUUCCACACCUGCUUUCCAAUGGAAGAAAUUGCAUUCCCUGUGAAAUCCCUAGGGGGGAAAACAGAUGCGGGAAGGGGAAUGAUGUUGAAAUAGAUAUUCCUAAGUGGGAUGCCUUCAAGUGGUGAUUCCCGAGUGUCAGACAAACUUUGUCUGCGUGCUUCUGUGUGGAAUGGAAAAUGCGUUUUCAGAAAGCUGCUUUGUAAUUGCUUUGUAGAAAGUGUGUUUGCAAGUCAGUGCCUCUGUGGGAUGGAAAAGUACAGACCAAAAGAAAGUGUUCAGUCAGCUAUCUGCCCAGAGCAGAAUAAGUGGGGGUUUGCAGCAGCGGGGAGAGAUAGGCUCCCCUGAAUAGUAACUGUAUUGUUCUAGGAAUGUGAAGGCUUCUUCUAUUAAUUAAUUAUCUCUCUGCUGUGAAAUAGAAACUUAGAGCGCAAAGUCCAGCCUCUACGCAAGCAUAUGUACGAAUGUAAUGAACUGAUUGGUUCUUUGGGGCUGAAUGUUGAUGCCCAGCUAUGUAGUUAUGCCAAAGUAUAAAAACUUGUGACCCAGGCAGCUGGGCACGUCUCUCAGGUUUUACCGUUAGGUACUGGGAGCGUCAGCAGCGCUGGUUUUCAAUAAACGGUGAUUUUGCUUCCUUCAAUCAUCCUUUGUUUGCCUGGUUUGUGGUUCUGAGGAAUUUGUUGGCCCUCAGGUAACAUAAACUGGUGCCGUUAAGACUCGGAUGGUCUGCUGGUGAUUACCUGCCCAUCGGUGGCUGCUUGGGGGGUCACUUUCUCACGUCGUGGGGGAACAACCCUUCGGCACCACUCCUCCCAUUUGAAAGGAGGAAGGUUUUGACCCCCAGCGGCGUGAGACCCAGACUCCCAAGCCCUCCGAAGAUGGGCGCGGAACGAGGCACACCAACGCAAGGGGUCCGGACAGAAGAAGUAUUGGGGAUCCCCAAGUAGGAGGCCAGGGAAUAGCCCACCCUGUGUCAGAGCCGCUGCAGGCAGGGGGCACUGCCUGAAAGCAGGAUCGGCUCUUGGGAGGAGGAAACGGGAGGGUAGGUGCUCUGUGUGUGUGUGUGCAGUUUGAGAGUUUUGCUGAGUGCAGAGGGGGCGUCCAGUAGGGACAAACCCACCCCGAGUGUGGCCCUGCACUGGCAGAGGUGGGACUCCUGAGUACGUUUUCUGUCCUGGCGACGGGAGGAGAGCGGAAACUGGAUGUGCGAAGUGUGAAUUUGUCUUUCUACCAGCAGUUUGUCCCCCCCCCCCGAACUGUCUGUUUGUUUAGAGUGUAAGAGAGCACGCCUCUGGGAAAACAAUGGGAGGGGAAGGGUCGAUGCAGAAGAGCUUCAAGCCAGGCUUGGGGGGGGGGCUCUGAGGGACUUCAGGCUACAAGAGUCCCGAGAGCCAGAGGCCCAAGCCUGCCAGGACCGUGUGAAGCACUUGGGGUUCCGUAUCCCCAAGGCCAGUGGGAAUUAGGAACACGGUAGGAAGGAGGCAGUUUGUUUUCUCCCCCAACUCAGAAAUCAGGAAGGCAGGAUCAUUUUGAUCCUGGCCCACUGAAGAUGUUAGGAAUCCAGAAGGCGUGGAAUGUAGUUACAGGGGACCCAGGCUAAACCCCUACAUAGGUACCAGGUUGGUCCCUAAGACCAAAUGCCUUUCCCCAUGGUUCAGGAGCUGUUGCAAGCAACAGGCAACCCUCUGAGUAGACAUGAGGGCAGAGGCCCAGGCAAGCAGGCUGGGACCAUUUGCCCAGCAGAGAUGGAGGUAAAUCUCAAAAGGAGAAGUGCAAGUUGCAGGAGAUUGGCACAGAUUCACUUGGAAAGGUGCAGAGAGGUAGAGAUGUUUCAGGAGGUUUAUUUGGUGCAUGUGAUGUAAAGGCUGGUUAAUUGUUGAAAGGCAGAUGGAAAGGGGCUGGUUUAAGGAAAGGAAAAGGAAAAGUGUGAAGUACUGAAGGUUUGGCAUGUUGUUUGGAGUUGCUUGUUGUGAAGCCAGGAAGGUAAUGUUUGGGUGGUUGUAGGACAAGGAGGGACAGACAGAAGGUGGAGAAGCAGGGUUGUAGGAGAGCAGAGAAGGAAAGCAGCAGACAGGGGAGAGGAGAUAGAAAGGAAGUGGAAGGCGUGGUGGGACGGGAAACCGGAGGCCACCAAAGUCCUGAUAGCGCAGGAUGAAGCCGGGAGCCUUCCAGUAGGCUUGGGCAGAGAAUGCCCAAGGAAAGGCUCAUGGCCAGAGACAAAAGUUUAACUUUUGGCGGCCACCACUUCAGAAGGCAUGGGUAAGUUGAGCAGGAGAAGGAACAGGUCAGGAUAUAGAGGAGGGUCACAGGGAAGGAAAGGAGUGCCCCACGAGAAACCGGGAACUCCUGCCUGGGAGGCCGGUGGUCACAACAAGUCUGGCAGAAGGAUGCCACAGGGACAGGUGUUGGAAGACCACCAUCACAGGGGCCCCCGAGAGGCAGGAGCCAGGAGACUUUGCCAGCCUGGCCUCCCCAAGGAGGGCAAACCGGUUACCAUCAGCACAGGGGGCCAGAAGAUGAGACACAGUAAGGAGAUCUUCUGCCUGCCCAAGGUUGUUUGGUGUACCCAGCAAGUGGCUGUUAUGCACUGCAGGGGCUACCAAAGGGGGGAUGGCAGAAAGGCACAAGGCAACAGGAGGGCUGACCAGGCAGCCCAAAGAGUGGCUGAGGGUCUGCAAGCAGAUCCAGCCCGACAGGGGAUCCUGUUGUUCAAACCCACAGAUCUCUGGGACUCACAGCACCCAGAACACCCAGAGGAUGAAACCAGGAUGGCUGAGUCAUCAGCCAGGGACUAGGUCUGGUUCCUUUCAGCCAGACAGCAGGCAGGCAAUGCCCAGAGGGUUGGGACACGCUUUGGUAGAACACUACCAUCAGUCCACCCAUAGGGGAAGAAAUGGCCCCGCAAGGCUACUGCAGGAAUCCCUACAUGUCUGCAACGUGUCUGCUUAGGGAAAAAGCUUGUGCACGUUGUGUGACAUGUGCCAGGAAGGAGCCCGUUGUGCUCCUUGGGGCUCAGGUAGUAGAGGCAGCCCUAAUUGAGUAUAUCCAAAUUGACUUCACUGAUUUUCCCGGGCAGGGACAGUUCACCAAGUCCCUGCACCUGCUCACACCAACACGGGGUGUUGACAAAAGGGAAGUUUUUAACAGAAUGAUAAGUAUGUAGUGGGUUGAGUUGUGAGAUUUAUAGACCAUUUUGCUAGUGACUGUGUUUUCUUGGGGUUUCUUUGUUCCGUUUGACUGGUUAACUUGCUCAUGGGUUAAGCCCUAAACAGACUUAAAUGUUAUAUCACAGUUUAUUUUGUUUAAAUGCAGUUUGAAAUAUGUAGCUGUUCAUUUUGUUGUGUUUUUUAAAAUGAUAUUUAAAAUGUGAACUUCCCUGUUUUCCAUCAAAAAUGUUUGUUUAAAUGUUAACUGUGACUGAUGCUAAUUUCAGGGGAGCUGUGGGUGUGUAUAUGUGUGUAUGUUUCUAUGGGUGCCCAGAGAUGCUUCUGUGAAGAUUCUGUUCCUGAGAACUUUAUUUCUGUUCAGUUCUGUUUCUAUUAGGCUUUGUGUGAAAUUCCACAUUUUGUUAAAAUGCAGAGGGUAAUCUGCCUUUCUGCCUAUUUGUGUUGCUGAUGGGUGUGUUGUUGUUGUUGUUUUUUGUCAUAUAUGUGAGAGUGUUUUGGUGCUUUGCUAUAUAGAGGCUGGGUUGUAUAUAUAUGCUGAAGAAAGGGCGAGUUCUGUCCACUCCAUUCUCCCAAAUGUCUGAGUGUGUGUGUGUCCUUGCCAUUCAGAUGCCAUUGUUUUUGCUAAAUGUGAUUUUAUACUGAAGUAUUGGCUUAUGGUGAUUUCCUUAUUACAAACUUGUAAUACUUUCUUGAGCUAAAGAGAGCUUGGAGAAAAGCUUUGUAUUAAUGUAUACUUUUAAUUUUCUUUAUAUUUUCUGUAUGGCCUAUGGCUGUAAUGAAAUUGCUUGACUAAAAAGAGGGGGCUCUUAGAUUCCUCUAACUCUGUUUCAGUUGUUUUUGUAUAGACUGUACAUGGAAAAGUGUUUCCAACAUGGAGUCGGGCAAAUGCUAAAUUAUGACUGGAGUGUAGUCUCCUCACUCCCAAUAUUGAGUGAAAAGGAAGAUCUCUGAACAGCAACUUGUCAUUGUGGGUAAGAAGGAAAAGAGAUUUUAAGUCAGAUAGUCAAAUGCAGUUAUUGUUUUAUAUUUUUGCAAUAUGUAUGAAAUGUUUCUGCUAAUUGAUUUUGCUGUAAACUAUUAUCAAUGGGUCUGAGGCUUAAAAUUUAUAAAUUUGUCCCACCGCCAGCCCUGCUUUGCUUUCACAGGGAACUUUAGGACUCCAGAUUAUAUAUACCAAGUAGCAGAGAGUUCCAAAGGACCGGUUUGCAUUUUACCUGGAAAACCUCCCAGCUUUAAAAGGGAUCAAGUUUUUGUAACCCACACCCUGUUUUCACAGCUCCUGAUUAGAGAUUUGAUAAUAAAUUGUGUUUAUCACAGGCUUCACUUUUCUGCAAGACUAUGGACAAUGCAUUUUUUAAUUAUUAAAGAAGCCUGUUUGUUUCAUGAGACUUUAGACCUCGCAAAAGAGAUUUUAAAGGUAUAGUAUUUUUGUUUGGGGCAAGGACUAUUUCUUUUAUAGGUUUUUAUGAGGAUAUUGUUGCCCUACCAAGCUUGCUAGUGAUGAGGCUGAAGACGGAGAGCUGGAACACUACCUACACGUGGCUUAGAUGGGGGCAGUGAAAAUCCCAAAGGCCAGAUGUCACUGACAAAUCAUGAAGUCAGAUACACUGGAUGGAAAUUGAUUGCCCUGACAGAAGUCUGUAAGUCUGUAGGCAGCCAACGUAGUGGUUAGAGUGCUGGACUAGGACCAGGGAGACCUGAGUCUGAAUCCUCAUUCGACCACACUGCUGGGUGACACUGGGCCAGCUAUUUAAACGGCCUGGCCUGCUUCGAAGGAUUGUUGUGAAAAGAAAAAACGUAUGUAGUACACGCUCUGGACUUUUCGGGAGAACAGCUGGAUGUUCGAGCACUGGAGUUUAUGUUGUGGCCUCUCGAGUGAUAAGACUGUUUGACCUGUCAGAUUUUAAUGCCUUUAUAGUCACAAACCCACAAAGGGGUAUGGAUGUGAACAUUAUUAUUUUCUCUUUUUGAUUUUCAUUGUUUUUGCCUCCUGCUCAGGAUUGCUCAUCAGGUGAAGUAAAUGAGGACAUUAUCUUCUGUUUUGGACUUCGGGGGGAGAAAAGAGGGCAAGCAGGAAAACAAAAACAUAAAUUGGAAAGAAAAUGCCAAAAGAUCAAAUUGAAAAUAGCCUCAGGUUUAUUUAUUGUAUUGGGCUACUCAUGAACUCAGUUUCAGCAUGUUGUCCCUACCCAGGGGAGGGAAAUUGGUAAUACAUGCAUCUGUCUUUUAUUUCUAGCAUAAGCAGGAUUGCCUUGAACUGUCUCUCCCGAAAGGGAUGUCUUUCUGUUACAGACCAAAGCAGUGGUCAAGUGAGAGAGAGAGGAGCUUUCAGAAGAACCGGCAGUGUGACAGACCAGGCUAACUAUCAUCAGCAACAGCUGCUUCCUGAAGGGGGUUCACCAUUUGCAUUCCCAGUCCAGGCCAAUGAUGACGGAACAUCCAUCGGCUGCCCUGUCUUGUGUUCGAGGAAAAGGCCGUGAUGCAGGUUUCUUGUUCCUGAUCCUCCUGCAUCCCAGAGUGCUACAGUUAAAGACUUGGUGCCAAAUAUCUGAAGAAGGCCUGAAGGCUAACAGGCCAGCCAAAUAUUAUACAACAUUAUUCCACAUUGCCCAUGAGGGGGGAGCCAAGGCUCUCAAGCACAUGGACAUCCGAGCUUGUCUAUGAACACUAGCCAAACAAGCCGUGCUUGCCUAGCCAAAACUAACACUCAGCUCCGCACAGCAGUGUACCAAAAUCAGCUAGCACUUGACUAUUUGCUAGCAAUGGAGGGUGGUGUGUGUGGAAAAUUCAACCUGUCUAAUUGUUGUAUCCAGAUCAAUGACCAAGGGAAGGCCAUAGAGGAAAUCACUGACCGGAUGCGCAAAAUAGCUCAUGUUCCAGUCCAGAACUGGGAAGGCCUAGCCACCCCCAAUUGGUUUGAAAAUUGGUCUGAGUACUUUGGAGGUUUGAAAACCAUGGCGGGAGGAGUUCUGAUAUUGCUUUUUGGUUGUUUAUUGAUGCUUUGUUUAUUACCCCUGUUUAUCUCUUUGGGACGAGAGGCCGUUGAGAGAAUAGUAAGAAAAGAAACUGCCCCCCAUAUAAUGGCUAUGUAUACAAGGUUCCACAAGAAGAGAAGCCAUAAAAUGGCUUCUAAGGGGGGAGAUGUGGAAUGGAAAAUGCGUUUUCAGAAAGCUGCUUUGUAAUUGCUUUGUAGAAAGUGUGUUUGCAAGUCAGUGCCUCUGUGGGAUGGAAAAGUACAGACCAAAAGAAAGUGUUCAGUCAGCUAUCUGCCCAGAGCAGAAUAAGUGGGGGUUUGCAGCAGCGGGGAGAGAUAGGCUCCCCUGAAUAGUAACUGUAUUGUUCUAGGAAUGUGAAGGCUUCUUCUAUUAAUUAAUUAUCUCUCUGCUGUGAAAUAGAAACUUAGAGCGCAAAGUCCAGCCUCUAUGCAAGCAUAUGUACGAAUGUAAUGAACUGAUUGGUUCUUUGGGGCUGAAUGUUGAUGCCCAGCUAUGUAGUUAUGCCAAAGUAUAAAAACUUGUGACCCAGGCAGCUGGGCACGUCUCUCAGGUUUUACCGUUAGGUACUGGGAGCGUCAGCAGCGCUGGUUUUCAAUAAACGGUGAUUUUGCUUCCUUCAA